ACCUCUUGUGUGAGCUCCUGCCCCCAAAGAAACGCCAUCACGAGCUCCCACAGCUCCACCCGAGGUUUCCCGCCAGGGCAGAGGAGGACGGGCCCCCGCAUGCCGCGAGGGCUGCCCCGGAGGUCCUCGAGGAAAGCGAGCGACGGGGGCCCGGCGCCGCCCUGUGCCGCCCCGGUGGCUUCCCAGAGCAACAGCCGGCCUGAGGACGCGGAAGCUUCCAGGGGGCAGAAACGCACCUGGGAGAAUGGCCCCCCCACAUCGGACAGUCCCAGGCCCGGAAAACGCAGGUUUCCUCUGCUGCCGCGCAGGCGAGGGGAGCCGCUGAGGCUGCCCGCACCCCCUGAGCUGGGUUUCCGAGUCACCGCCGGAGACCUGGACGCGGAGAAAGCAGCGGCGCUCCGGCGCAUCAACAGCGCGCUGCGGGAUGAGACCCCGUCCCCGCAGCCCUACCGUCCCUUCCCCGCACCGGCCGACCCUCCGGUCCCCGGCAGGGCUCCUCGGCCCGAGAGAGGCCAGAGGGAGUCGGCCUCCCCAGCGCCACCCACCUCUGGGGUCCCUGAUGUGCAGCAGCGCCGAGCCCCCGCCUGGGGCCACUCACCACACUGUGGAAACCCGGCAGCUCCAGCCCUAACGGGGAAUCCAACCUCUGCUCCAGGCCCCCCAGCUCCACCCACCAACUCCCCCAUGGGCACCCGUGCCAGCACCCAGCCGGCCUCGGCUGCAUUCCCAGCUGGCCCAGCCCCUGCCGCUGCCACCUGCGUGCCCCAGGCCGUGCCCAGUGCGGGGCCCCGCAGCGGGCCGCGCUGCCCAGCAGUCGGUGGAUCACGCACAGCCCCCUGCAGGCCGGGGGGCUCGGCCGCACCUCGGGGCGUUGGAAGUCACCCAGCUGUCCGUGCCCCGCUGUCCACUCGCAGGCCAGCCCACAAGUAUCCGGUGACUCUGCAUCUGCGCUUUGUCCGAGCGUCUCUGAGAUGGUGCUGUAUGAUCCCGCAGGCCCUGCGCUCCUUCCUGGGGGUCCUCACCUCCCUCUGCAGGCGACACCAUCAGAGGAAGGCGGUGCUGGGUGCUCGCAUCUCCACGAUGUGCCGCGGCUCAGCGUCCGCAGUGGGCACGGUCCCUGGGUGUGGUGGGCGCCAGCAGCAGGUCACCCCCGUGCCGCCCACCACACUCAGGUGUGCCCCGGGCUCCUGCACAGAGAAGACGGUGAGGAGCGCCCUGGGAGAGAGCGGGAAGGGGCUGGCCCAGCAGGAGGGAGACCCCGCAUUCAGACAGAAGGACCAUCAGAAAGGGGGUCCCGAUGGCUCUCGGGGUGCACGGUCAACAUUUAGGCCCUUUGGGGCCCGGGGAGACUUCUCUGCCUUCGUGCCCAGGCCUGGGCCUCUGCGGAGAAACCUCCACGCCGAGAGCUCGGUAGACACAUCCGCCGAGAAACUCCAGACCUCUUGUGUGAGCUCCUGCCCCCAAAGAAACGCCAUCACGAGCUCCCACAGCUCCACCCGAGGUUUCCCGCCAGGGCAGAGGAGGACGGGCCCCCGCAUGCCGCGAGGGCUGCCCCGGAGGUCCUCGAGGAAAGCGAGCGACGGGGGCCCGGCGCCGCCCUGUGCCGCCCCGGUGGCUUCCCAGAGCAACAGCCGGCCUGAGGACGCGGAAGCUUCCAGGGGGCAGAAACGCACCUGGGAGAAUGGCCCCCCCACAUCGGACAGUCCCAGGCCCGGAAAACGCAGGUUUCCUCUGCUGCCGCGCAGGCGAGGGGAGCCGCUGAGGCUGCCCGCACCCCCUGAGCUGGGUUUCCGAGUCACCGCCGGAGACCUGGACGCGGAGAAAGCAGCGGCGCUCCGGCGCAUCAACAGCGCGCUGCGGGAUGAGACCCCGUCCCCGCAGCCCUACCGUCCCUUCCCCGCGCCGGCCGACCCUCCGCCAGCUCAUCCGGUUUUCUCUCCAAACCAGACCCUCACCCUGCACAUCUGGGGGCCUGACUCCCCACCCCGCUUCUGA